AUGGCAUCAAUUGACAAGACUUACCGCUCAGUGCCAAAAGGGCCGACGGAUGACCCUUUCAAAUCAGAUGCGGCCAGAGCUAUCACCCGCAACCCAGAAUGGCAUUAUUCACUUUUUGAUUGCUUCUCACCAGGCUCGCUCUGCUUCACAAGCUGGUGUCUUCCAUGCCUUACCUUUGGCAAAACCCAGGCCAGGGUCCAGAAUCCAACUUUACAAAACUAUAGUAGUAUUAACUCGGAGUGCGCUAUUUUCACUGUUCUCGCCCUCGGAUACUGCCAAUGGAUCAUUCAAACGAUUCGGCGGAGUGAAAUGCGCCAGAAGCAUGGCAUUGCGGGAUCCUGUCCUGGAGACUGCUGUGUCACCUUCUGGUGUGGAUGCUGUGCAUUGAUCCAGGAGGAGAAGGAGAUGGAGUUGCGGACGAGACCUGAGCUCACUGGGUAUCAGACUACGGUGCAAAUGGGGUAUCCUUAA